AAGGAGGUAACGAUGGUUAAUGGCUGAUGAAGAGGUGGAGACGGGUACGCUGAAGGAGAGAAGAGGCGGAGAAAUUGCCACACGCAGAGGACGAUUUAGUUGAUUUAAAACUUGAAGAAAUCACACGUAUAAUAAAGGAUUGAGGAUCACUGUUAAAGCUGAGAAAUCUUAAAAGAACACAAUCGCUGCUACUACUACUCAGCAAGGAGUAACUUUAUUUCUUUAAACUACUGCGACGGAUCUUCCUUUUAGAUUGACUGGUAAGCUUCAACCACGAUUGUUUUGCAGAUAUGAGCGGCUAAACUUAUACAAAGAAACAAAGACAAACUUUACCUCGGCUUGUACAUGAUAAGCAUCAGUCAUUUGAAAGGCGCUUUGAAGUGCUAGAGUUUUAACUAUUUUAUGUCGCCAAAACGGCUUCAGUCGAAGAGGGCAUUCAUGCAUUCAGGAGUUUUGGACUUGACAUUGCGCUGGCACUGUACUCUCUAAGGGCGAACACGAGGACGCCAGUCUUCAUUUUGCCAAGUUGUGCUAAAGUAGAAAAAAACGUUUUCACUUACAGUUUAACCAAAUAGCAGCCUACGUGUGUCAGCAGGUCUACGUGAAGUGCUUGUAAGAUUUUUAUUUUUCCUUUUUGUAGUAUGUUUUGCUUCUAAACCCAGCAACGCCACACGCUACACUAAAGUCGCGCGUGCCGCCCGGUAGCGCUUGUGUGAAGUGGCGCGCGAUGCUACAGAAGGCGCGCAGGGCAACCUGUGAGAGCAGCGCGUUUGUUAGCGCGCGAUUUAUUCUGUUCGUACUCGCCGUUUUUUGGGAUGCAGUCGAUGGCAGCUUCAUUCGGAGCAACCUACAUUCGAGUUUCAUCCACCGGCGUUUGAGCAAUCGGGAAAAACGAGAGAUGCAGCGGGAAAUUCUUACCAUUUUCGGAUUACCUGGACGCCCCCGACCCCACCUGCCUGUCCGCCCGCCAUCAUCUGCCCCACUCUUCAUGCUGGACCUGUAUCACGCUGUUUCCGGGGAUACGGACUAUGAAAUGACCGCGGGGGUCUCCCGGUCAGUGCAGACCACACUCAGCACGCAGAGCCCACCUCUCGGAUCAGUCAUUAGUGAGGCAGACACUGUCAUGAGUUUCGUCAAUGUAGUGGAACAGGAACAGGACUUCCUACACCCAAGACCAUACUGGAAGGAGUUUCGAUUUGAUUUAACACCAAUACCACAGGGUGAAGCCGUCACUGCUGCGGAGUUCCGCAUAUAUAAGGCUCGUAGUUUUGGCCCCAACAGUAAUAGGACCCUGCACAUCAGUGUAUAUGAGAUUAUUAAAGAACAUGAAAAAAGGGAAUCUGACCUAGUACUUCUGGACCUUCAGUCUGCACAAGCGAAGGAAGAAGGCUGGUUGGUUUUUGAUGUUACCACUGCCAGUAACCGCUGGCUUCUAAAGCCAAGCAGCAACUUGGGUUUGAGGUUGUAUGUGGAAACUGAAGAGGAUACUUCACCAGAUAAUGCUUUCAGGCGGACAAACAAUCGCAGCUUGGAACCUAGCUUUGCAGGCCUUGUUGGCCGCAAGGGGCCUCGCUCUAAACAGCCUUUCAUGGUGACAUUUUUCCGUGCCAAUCAGACUCCAGUUCGUGCACCUCGUGCAACACGAAAUAACAAGAAAAAACUGAAGAUCUAUGACCUGCCACACCCCAAUAGACUGCCUGGGUUGUUUGAUCACAAUCACAUUACUGAAGAACGUCAAGCUUGUAAGAGACACGAACUUUAUGUUAGCUUUAAUGAUUUAGGAUGGAAGGAUUGGGUUAUUGCGCCCCAAGGGUACUCAGCAUAUUACUGUGAUGGAGAAUGUACAUAUCCUUUGGGCUCCUGUAUGAAUGCAACAAAUCAUGCUAUCAUGCAGCUUGUGGUUCACAUGAUGAAACCAGAAGUACCAAAGGCAUGUUGUGCCCCAACAAAACUCAGCCCUAUCUCUGUGCUGUUCUAUGAUGACAAUAACAAUGUAAUUCUAAAAAAGCAUCGUAACAUGGUGGUAAAGGCUUGUGGCUGUCACUGACACAAAUUAGACUUUUGCUGGCACAGUCUGCUCCCUUGGAAAGUUGAAGUAUAAGAGACCUGUGUUAACCAGUUUUACUUAGCUAUACUGAAAGUUGAUUAUCUGUGAGUGAAGAAAUAACACUCUUGUAAUCUGUUCUGUUACAUUCGUGCUCACAGGCCUACAUAAAAAAUCUCUCUAGCCAUUUAUUAGAACAUAGUACUAGCUAUUAUAAAACUAAACAUUAAAUGUUUUCAAAAACAGCUUACUUCUGAAUGGCCUAUGAGUUAGUGCCUUUUGCUUGGAAAUUCAAAUAAUGGUACAUUCAGAUUUACUGUCAUUAAAAUGAUUUGCUCUUUUUACUUGAUUAGUAAACUAAAGCAUUAGUUUUGCAUUUUACUGGACAUUUGUGACUACUGCAAGAGCAGAAACAUUUCAUAUUUGUGUAAAUUGUAAUCAGACACAUUUUUUAAAUAUUUGUAAAUAUCAGUGAAGAAGUAUUAAAUAUAUCCCACAAAAAGAACAUGUAUGUAAGAAAUUAAUUAAACAAUUAAUUGCCAAAUACUACCUUAGAAAACUGGUUUGAUGAAGACUAGGAGACCAAUGAAGCCUACAGAUACUGGUGGUUGAGACUCCUAAUACCCUCAAGGAAUGAUGAUUCUGGAUAUCCCUGUAAAUUGUAUCAGAAGCAUGGAAUUAUAAAAUAUCUAUUACAAAUAUUUUACAUGAGGACACUCACUAAAAGGUACAUUCAUGAUCUGUAAGUUAUAUUUUAGUAUAAAUAGUUGUAUAUUUUCAAUUAAGUGUUUAAUAAUUGUUCAAUAAAACAUUUUAUGCCAGCACCAAUCAAAAACAUGAAUGUUUUUUUUUUU